AUGGAACUGUCCAGUGUAUGUACGAGUAGAUGCAAGCAAACCUCAACUCUUCCCACCUUCAAGGCACCCUCUUCUCAAGGCACUUUACACGCCACCCGCUCAGCCACUUUAAUUGAUGUAGAGAGAAGAAAAACCGCCUUGCAUGACGUGCUGCUAGCAAAAUCCCUCCUGGGCAUCUCCCUGUACAUUUCAAGACCAGGGCCUUCGGCUUGCCCCGAAAUCUCGCAGGCCCAAUCCAAUCAACGCGUCCAGCCGCUGCCGAAUCUCGUCACUCCACUCGUCAUUCAGCCAUCAUCCAACAUCCAGCUCCAGCCCUUUUUAUCAAACCUGCAUCCCACUAUUGCAUAUUGCACUACCAACUGCAGCAUUUCGACAUCUAAUAUUCAUACAAGUCGCACCAGGCCGAUGCAUCUGCGCCACCGCCGAUCCCCAUUGGAUACUGCCGCUGCUGCUUAUUAGCGCUCGGCUCGCAUAUUCUUCGCUGUCUCUUCUUCUUCUUGUCUUGGCCUUGUCUUGGUCUGUCUUACUAUUGAUUGCCUGCAUUUGCACCAACCCACAAAUCAAAUGGACCAAGCUCUGUCUCACCAAUUAGCGGCCGGAAGACGAGCAAAGGCUAGACGGGCUGCAAUCCAACUCGAGUUUCAGUUUCAGCUAUCUGCACGUCUAAUCGAAUCUAUCCCUUGUUCCCCAUCGAAUCUGAGCACA